UACACAGUUAGAUAUACCUUGGAUACAGUUGAUAAGUUUAAAUAUGUAGCUGUGUAACAUAAAAAUAAAAGACGUAUGCUUCAUAUUCGUAUUUGAAGAAAUUGAAGGUUUUUCCGAUUUCGAGAUCUAUAAAAAUUAAACAAAAAAAAGGUAAUUUCGAUACAAAACUGGAGAAAUCGUUCGACGCGAUUUGAUAGCGAUACCGUUUCUUCAGUGAAUAAACGAGAGGAAAGGGAUCAUUGUUCUUGAAUCUACUAUAGCUGUGUAAAGACCUUGUGUUCUUCAGCGAAGCAACGGUGUUGUAUCGAAGGUAAAAUAAUGAAGAAGCGGAGACCGUGUACGUGGAAUACAUCUCGUUCUCCAAGGAAUUCACAGACACCUCCUCGUGCUCGCGAGCUCGAUAACUGUCCUGUUAAAACCAAAAGUUUUCAUGAUUUGAAACGUUUGAAAAGAGGUAGCUCAAAAUUACAAAAAAAAAGUACAGAAUACAGGGAGUCUUCGUUGAAGAGAGAUACGUUCAGCUCAUUGGAAUCUUUGUUCGAUCUGAAAAAGCCUCUAAAUUUACCGGACAUAUGCUCUUUAGCAAUCGAGUAUCAUCAAGAGGGUCACGCGCUACCUUUUAAAUCAAGAAAUUCCAAGCAUUCUAAAACCCUUGUAGAAUCUUUAUUUCUGCAACAAGUGGAUCUUGAACCACACAUUCUUAACCGGACUUACGAAAUCGAUGAUUAUAACGACAAAUCGAAGGAGAUUAAACAAAAAUCGAAUUUUGAACCACUAAAAUUAGAAGAAAUCGAGAAUUCGGAUCAAGCGGGAAGCGAUUCGCAGAAAAACAUGGCCGAAGAAGAAAACGUUGACGAAGCUCUUCAAGAUGAAGCGGAAGAAUCAAAAGAAGAAGAAGAACCAAUAGAAGAAGAAGAACCAAUAGAAGAAGAAGAACCACAAAAGGAAGAGGAAGAAGGAACAGAAUCUGUAGCAAAAUCGGUAUCAAAACCGGUAUCAAGAAUUGAUACGGAAGAACUGCCUCCACCGUAUCCGCUUCCUCCCGGUCUCGGUGAAGGUGUGCCAAUUAAACCUGGUGGACGACAUGAAUCGAUAUUGAGUUCAUCUCCGUUGACUGAUAGCGUUGUACUGUUGGAAAUGAAGAAGGCGGAUGAACGUUGCGUCGUUCUUGCAAGAGAAAUCGAUCAGCUAAAGGAAGAAAUAGCUGCUCUUACAACUAAAAAAGAUUUAACCGACGAAGAUACGUUAAUAAUACACGAGAAGCAGGACGAAGUGAUGAAAAAACUGGCAGAAUUUGAGCAGAUAACGAGGAAAAUACAACGAGUACUAGGCGUGUCCGAUAUCUCGAGUACUACUUUUGCUAGGAUGUUCAAUAUGCAACCCAUUAUGAGACCCACCGCCAUCAUUACCGAAGAGGAAGAACUUGAAAUAGCAAAGGAGAAAAUAGAUAUGGUGGACGAAAAGACAGACAUAGAGAUAGAAAAGCUUAGAGAACGCUUCGACUUACCUCAAAUAGAAUAUCCAGAAGAUAGGCUUCCAAGAGUGAUUGUUUGCGGAACUACGGAGGAUGAAAUUCCAAAGAUUGUUGUGGCAGAUAGUAAAAAGAAAGGAAAAGAUAGAUGUCUUCAAAAUUUAACUGGAAAGUUAACAGAAUCGUUAACUAUGCAGGAAAAAUUGGUAUUGGAAAAUGCACAGCUUGAAGGUGGCAAAUACAAAUUGGAAGAAGCAUUGCUAGAAAAGGAUACCGCCGUUGAAAGUCUUCAGAGGAAGGUAUGCGGGUUGCAGGCUGAAAUGAGAAUAGUUGUGAAGGAAAAUGUGGAAUUGACACGUCAAUUAGCUUGCUUGAAUCAGCGAAUCACUAGUCCUUGUUGUUACACACCUUGUUGCCCAGGUGGAAUUUCGUCCGAAGUGUCAAGUCCGUCUCCUCUACGUUCGAUUUCGUACACCACUACGUUACAGCAAGACGACGAUUAUUGUCGGUGCAAGUGUUGUCUUCAACCUCAAAUCGCCGAUACUUUGUCACCAAUCGCAAAUACUGUAUGCGUGAGGCCGAAUCAUACAUAUUUACCUAGCGGAGAUUCACCGAGACUCGCGGGUGGUGCGUCGAUAACAGGAGCUUGCAUUACAAGUGAUUCUUCUUCGCAAAUCGAUAUGUGUUGUCGAAGUCCUGCCGCGGUUAAAACACUGUGUACAGGACCACCACCUCCUCCAAGAGGAUCUUGUCCCGCUGAAAUAGAGAACAAACUUGCGGCCUAUGGGAACAGUACCAAACAGCUAGAACAACAAUUGGGUACCAUGGAAUGCGAAGUACGUAAUAUGCAGAUAGAGCUUGCUAAUGUUCAACGAGAACGUCAACAAUUGGAGCAACAACGCAAGUUGCUGAAAUGUACUGGCCCUUGUGCGCCUUGUGGUUGUUGUCCUCCUCCAUCUUUGGGCAUGCAGCAACCACCAAGCGCGACUCCUUACGUACCGUGUUCGGCUCCAAUUACACAAUCGCCUUCUAUACCUCUUCCUAAGAUACCACCUGCUCCUUCUGCAACCUGUACUGGUCCUUGCAUAAACGCUCCUAUGGGCGCUAGCACGUGUCCUCAGCAACAGUUACGUGACCUACGCGAACAAUAUGCACGUCUUCAAGAUGAUUACAAAAACAAAUUAUGCGAGGUUUCGUGUUUAAGAACAGAUGCUGACAAGUUGAAACAACAAACGCGUGAAUCUAUCGAAGAGAAAGAAAAGUUGGAAAUCAAACUCGUAGACACUCAAGAACGAUUGAAGACGAUGGAAGCUGAGAAAGAAAAAUACGAAGGUUUUAAGGAACAGAUGGUUGAGCAAGAGCAAACUUUGAUCGUCUUCAAGCAACGUUUCCGAGAAGCCCAAGAUGAACUUGAAGAAUUACGAUCCUUGAUUCAAGAUCAAGCCGCUCAGUUGGAGGACUAUCGAAACAAAUAUUUACAGGCACAACAACAAGUGGAAGAACAACGGCGACAACUUGAUCUAAUGGAGAUGGAUAACGCACGGAUGAAUGAAAAUGUCACAUUGGAAAUAGGGAGAGUGAAAAAUCAGUUCCAAGAGAAACUCGCAGAACUUGCGCCGUUGCCGGAUAUUCUAAAACAAACGCAAGUGAAACUACAGGAAGCGCAACAGAUGCGUUUGGUUGCAGAACGCAACUGCGAGGAUCUUUCACGGGAAGUUAUAGGUUGCAAAGAUAAAAUUCAAACAUUGCAAAAUCAAUUGGACGUUUUGCGUAGCGAAUAUCAAGCACUGCAGGAUGAAAGAGGUCACGGUUCGGGACGAUUCGAUGAAUUAGAAAGAAGAAAUACUGAACUACGACAUGAGAAUGAACGUAUGAAAAAUACGCUUGCAAGAUUUGAAGAGCACGAAGCACAAUUGCAGAAACGCAUCGAUGAAAAAAUGCACGAGGUUACACAGUUGACAGCAAUGCUUGAACAGAUUCGAGAAGAUUCUGCGAGACAAGUAGCAAGAACGAAAGAAAGAUGUGAAACUGUAAGGAGAUCGAUGCAAAGCCAAAUUGCGGAAAUGGAACGACAAUUGGCUCAGUGCAGAGCUACCGCAAGAGCUGCACAGAAAGAUAGAGACGAAAUAAGACAGAAAAUGCAGGGUCAAAUAAACAACUUAAACGAGGCGUUUGAGCAAGCUCAAGGUCGGAUAAGAUCACUACAAGGUCACGUAAAUUAUUUGAAAACAUCUUACACUAAUAUCUUUAAGGGACAAGGAGAGAUGCCGCCCGGUGUUUUGCCUGGAGAGGCUGGGACAGGAUUCGAUUCCUGCGACUGCAAUUAUUAAUAGGAAAUUAAUAUAUUAUCUAUAUCAAUAUUUUAUUGAUAUAGAAGUGAAAAUCGUCGCACUGACUUGUUUAAAUUACAUGUGAAGUAUCUGUUUUCAUUUCUAGAAUGUAAAAAAAUUGUCUAGUUUGUAUUCGUAAAUAUAUUACAAAAUAGUAAAAAUUUAUACAAUGUAAGACUGAUGAAAUUCACUUGUUGUUACAUUAAUCAAUGUCGCAAAAAUUGAAUCAUUAUAAUACGAAUGACAUCUGUUACAAUGUAGCAGUUUUUUUAUUUAUGUAUUUUAUUGUAAUAAAUUGUUCACGUAACCCUUA